AUGCAUUGUGCCAAGUAUAUUGAGAUGUUCCAUUCUGAAACUCCAGAUGUUAACAAAAACAUCAUAAUUAAUGCAUUGAAGGAGGAAAGUAGUGUUUUGAGACUUAUUUUGUCAACCAGUGCCCUGGGAAUGGGUUUAGAUGUAAAAAAGUGUAGUGGAGUGGUAUUAUUUGGACCUCCAAAUAAUCUGGUAGAUUUGCUGCAAGAAAUAGGGCGAGUGGGGAGGGAUGGAAAUCCAUCAGUUGCCAUUAUCCUAUACAAUGGAUACCACUUGCAGAAGUUGAAACCGGAAGCUAAGGCAAUUCUUAAAGCUAAAGAUUGUAGGAGAAAGGAUCUGAUGCGUAAUUUCCUCAGAAAUUCAGACUUGGAUGAUUUGAUGAAGAAAGAAAGCAGGAAACAUUCAUGCUGUGACUUGUGUACUAAGUCUUGUAAUUGUGAAUCCUGUGAUAUGUUACCUCUUGAGAAGUUAUUUCUGUCAGAACAAGUUGUUGAGGAGCUCGAGGAGCAAGAAGAUUCUGCUGUUUCAGAUAGCGAUACUGAAGACUACAAUUUGUCGGCCUAUGAAUACUUCGAAGAUCUUGAUAUGGCUUUAUUAGAAAUACAAGAUGAUUAA